AUGGAAAAAUCCAAAAAUUUCCGCAUCGACGCGCUGCUGGCCGUGGAUCCCCCGCGAGCGGCCUCGGCGCAGAGCGCGCCGCUGGCCCUGGUCACGUCGCUCGCGGCCGGCGCCGCUGGCCCCGGGGGCGGCGGCGGCGGGGCGGGCGGCGGGGCGAGCGGCAGCUGCAGCCCCGCGUCCUCGGAGCCGCCCGCGGCGCCCGCCGACCGCCUGCGCGCCGAGAGCCCGUCGCCGCCGCGCCUGCUGGCCGCGCACUGCGCGCUGCUGCCCAAGCCCAGCUUCCUGGGCGCGGGCGGCGGGGCGGGCGGCGCGGGCGGCGGGCCCGGGGGCCCCCACCACCACGCGCACCCCGGCGCCGCCGCCGCCGCCGCCGCCGCUGCCGCCGCCGCCGCCGCCGCCGCGGGGGGCCUGGCGCUCGGGCUGCACCCGGGGGGCGCGCAGGGCGGCGCGGGCCUUCCGGCGCAGGCGGCGCUCUACGGCCACCCGGUCUACGGCUACUCGGCGGCGGCGGCGGCGGCCGCACUGGCCGGGCAGCACCCGGCCCUCUCCUACUCGUACCCGCAGGUGCAGGGUGCGCACGCCGCGCACCCCGCCGACCCCAUCAAGCUGGGCGCCGGCACCUUCCAGCUGGACCAGUGGCUGCGGGCGUCCACCGCGGGCAUGAUCUUGCCCAAGAUGCCGGACUUUAACUCCCAGGCGCAGUCCAACCUCCUGGGGAAGUGCCGCCGGCCACGCACCGCCUUCACCAGCCAGCAGCUGCUGGAGCUGGAGCACCAGUUCAAGCUCAACAAGUACCUGUCACGGCCCAAGCGCUUCGAGGUGGCCACCUCACUGAUGCUCACCGAGACCCAGGUGAAGAUCUGGUUCCAGAACCGGAGGAUGAAGUGGAAGCGCAGCAAGAAGGCCAAAGAGCAGGCAGCGCAGGAGGCCGAGAAGCAGAAGGGCGGCGGGGGCGCGGGCAAAGGCGGCGGCGGCGCCGAGGACCAGGGGGACGAGGAGCUGCUGGGGCCGCCGGCGCCCGGGGACAAGGGCAGCGCACGCCGCCUGCGGGACUUGAGGGACAGUGACCCCGAGGAGGAGGAGGACGACGACGACGACGAGGACCAUUUCCCCUACAGCAACGGCGCCGGCGCGCACGCCGCCUCCUCCGACUGCUCCUCCGGGGCCGACUCGCCGCCGCCGCGGCCCGGCCACCAGCCCCCGCCCCAGUAG